AUGUUUCAUGAGAACUCUUCUCGGUUCUUCAUUUCUUUCAUACGAUUGCUCUUUCGAGCAGCCGAGAUCGUUCUGGCAAUCAACGAGAUGGAAAAUCUUGUCAUAGUUACCGGUACUUCAACAUCAAUCCCCCAAAUUGUCGGCUUCAUCAUGAAACGGGCGGUUCUCACCGCCAACAUUCUUCUAAAUGCGGACCUCGCUAUGACCAUCGCAGAAGUCCGUGCACUAACAGCGCUUUAG